GAUCGCCUUUAUUUUGCAAUUCUCUGCCAAAAACCAAAGAGUGGAGCUGCAAAUACCCAUUAUUUCUGCAUAGAUGAUGAACUUGUAUAUGAGAACUUCUAUGCAGACUUUGGACCACUCAAUCUGGCAAUGGUCUACAGAUACUGCUGCAAGCUAAAUAAGAAAUUAAAGUCAUUGUCAUUGAUAAGGAAGAAAAUAAUUCAUUAUACUGGCUUUGAUCAGAAAAAACAAGCAAAUGCUGCAUUCCUCAUAGGCGCCUACGCAAUAAUAUACCUGAGAGAAUCCCCAGAAGACGUGUACAGGCUUAUAUUGACUGGAAGCGUCUCAUAUCUUCCUUUCAGGGAUGCUUCCUUUGGUACUUGCAGUUUUCAUCUGACAUUGCUGGACUGUUUUCAUGCAAUAAACAAGGCUUUGCAGUAUGGUUUCCUGGAUUUCAAUACGUUUGAUGUAAAUGAAUAUGAGCAUUAUGAAAGAGCAGAAAAUGGAGAUUUUAACUGGAUAAUACCAAACAAAUUCAUUGCCUUCAGUGGACCUCAUUCAAGAAGUAAAAUUGAAAAUGGCUAUCCCCACCAUGCUCCAGAGGCCUAUUUCCCAUACUUCAGGAAACAUAAGGUCACCACUAUAAUACGCCUCAACAAAAAACUGUACGAUGCCAAGCGAUUUAUAGAUGCUGGAUUUGAGCAUUUUGACCUCUUCUUUGCUGAUGGAAGCACACCUAGUGAUACAAUAGUUACAACGUUUCUAAAUAUUUGUGAAAAUGCUGAAGGUGUUAUAGCCGUCCAUUGCAAAGCUGGUCUCGGACGAACUGGCACACUUAUUGCCUGUUACAUUAUGAAGCAUUAUCGGAUGACAGCUGCUGAAACUAUUGCAUGGAUUAGAAUAAAUAGACCUGGUUCAGUGAUUGGACCACAACAACACUUCCUGAUGGACAAACAGGCAGAACUUUGGACGGAAGGAGAUAUUUUCCGUGCAAAGUUGAAAGAGAACCGUGAAAUUGCUGUAACAAGAAUUCUGUCAGGAGUGGAUGAUAUUUCAAUUAAUGACAUGGGAAACAGGAGGACCAUCCAAAAGGACAUUGAACUGUACAGUGAUGAAGAUGAAACAAACUGUGUAACACAAGGUGAUAAGCUUCGUGCUCUGAAAAGUAGAAGGCAAGCAAAAGCUCCAACAGCCUCUCCACUAACCAUCCAAUCCGUCUCAAGGACUAGAGCAGUAUUGCGUUAA